AAAAAAAAAAACAAAAACAGAAACUCUAUCGUACUGUGCGUGGACGCGGUGGCUCUUCGCGACUGGAAUACUGCCGACCUGUACCUCCAGGGCGAGAGACACAUAUGGAGGGUGGCCUGAGUCUGCUUCGCAACGCCCGACCUUCCCUCCCCUCCGCUUCCUCCAAUAUUCAACCGAUACGGCAUCGUAUCAAGGCGGAAAUCCAAGAAAUCCGGGUUUGCACGAACCGGACAUGUCGCAGGCAAGGAUCCUUGCAGACCUUACAAACUCUCUCCGCUCUGGCUCCUCCCAACGUCUCCGUCAAUUCCUGCGGCUGCCUCGGCCGCUGUGGCACUGGCCCCAACCUCGCCGCCAUCCCGGAAGACGGCGGCGGGGUCAUUCUAGUCGGCCACUGUGGGACGCCGUCCCGAGCGGCCCAGGUAUUGGUGGGAUUAUUAUCUUUCGGUCUUGAUUCGGACGACGGUGAUGCCAAGACUAGCUUGGAAGCGCUUGCGCUGAGGAAGAGAGCAGAGAACGAGUCGGAUAUGGGAAAUUUGUCCCUGGCAGAGCAACUGCUCUCGCAGGCUAUACAAUUAAAACCGUUUGGUGGCAUCCAUGUUUUAUAUAAAGACAGGUCUAUUGCACGGUUGGCAUUGGGAAAUUAUUCUGGGGCUCUUGAAGAUGCCAGAGAAGCUUUGACACUUGCUCCGCGGUACCCCGAGGUGAGCAAAAUGCCAACUAUUGUAGUCACCAAAUAAAUGGGCCCUACUUCUGUUGCUCUUGA